AUCAGCCAUUUGAAAAGAAGCCUGUGUGCCACCAGGAUGCCUAUGAAGUGGAUUUCAGUUCUGCUGCUGCUACAGCUGAGUUGUCACUUCAGCCCUGGGAGUUGUGGAAAGGUGCUGGUGUGGCCCACAGAAUACAGCCAUUGGAUCAACAUGAAGACCAUCCUGGAUGCACUUGUCCAGAGAGGUCAUGAAGUGACUGUUCUGACAUCUUCUGCUUCAAUUCUUGUUGAUCCCAAUAAACCAUCUGCUAUUCAAUUUGAGAUUUUUCCUACAUCUUUAACAAAAGAUGAUUUUGAGGAUCUUUUCAAGCGGCUGACCUCUAAGUGGACAUAUACGCCAAAAUAUACAUUUUGGACUUAUUUUUCACUAUUGCAAGAUAACACUUGCGAAUAUUUUGAUUGUAUUCAAAAGCUCUGUAAAGAUGCAGUUUUGAACAAGAACCUUAUGACAAAGCUACAGGAAUCAAGGUUUGAUGUUGUUCUUGCAGAUCCCGCUGGACCCUGUGGUGAGCUGCUGGCUGAGCUACUUAAAAUACCUUUUGUAUACAGUCUCCGCUUCUCUCCUGGCUAUACAAUUGAAAAGUACAGUGGAGGACUUCCAUUCCCUCCAUCCUACGUACCUAUUGUCUUAUCAGAAUUAAGUGAUCAAAUGACAUUCAUGGAGCGAGUAAAAAAUAUGAUGUAUGUGCUUUAUUUUGAUUUCUGGUUCCAAGCAUUUAGUGAGAAGUGGGAUCAGCUUUACAGCGAAGCACUAGGAAGACCCAUUACAUUAUUCGAGUUAAUGAGAAAAGCAGAAAUAUGGUUUAUUCGAACCUAUUGGGAUUUUGAGUUUCCUCGCCCACUCUUGCCACAUUUUCAAUUUGUUGGAGGCCUCCACUGCAAACCUGCUAAGCCUCUGCCUAAGGUAAAACUAUUCGUGUUUAGCUCUGGAGAAAAUGGUAUCAUGGUGUUUUCCCUGGGGUCGAUGGUCAAUAUCAUGACAGAAGAAAGAGCCAAUGUGAUUGCAUCAGCCCUUGCCCAGGUUUCUCAAAAGGUUAGAUAA